AUGGAGACUCAAAUCAACCGGAAUCUUGGUUCAGGCAGUGUCAGCCGUGCCUCGAGCGCUUUCUCAACGGAUUUUGAAAAGCAGAAUGCUUUCUCUCUCGCAGACUCGGAGAGAAAGUAUUCCAGACAGUUCUUCGCCAUGUACCAGCAUAGAUUGGCCAUGUUGAAGCCCAGAGUUGAGCGGGAAGCCAUGAGAAAAUGGGGCCACAAUACGCGUAAUGUUAACGGCCAGAAGAUCCAGCACAAGGAUAAGAUUUUGGAUAUAGUCUCAGGAGAAUUAUGCUGGGUACUGGGAACAGUAUUCUCAGAUAUGAAGCAUAAGCUCAAUAUUCUCCAGGAUGUGGAGAAAGGUGUGGACGAUGUGAUGCCCGCCAUGCCCGAGCUGUAUGUUGACAGCCAAAAUGGUGCGGUUGUAAUGUUGGAAGACGAAAGUGGUCGGGCAAUCUUGCACAACGAAGACCUACUUCGAACUACUGGUUUAGUGACUGGUUGCUUUGUGGCCGUGUUGGGAAUUGAGAUCCAAGCGGGAAUUUUUGAGAUUAUGGAGGUGACAUACCCAGUUCCAGCUCCACAGAAUGCAUUGCCUGCUCCAACUUCAGAGAAGCACUACUUGGCGUUGGUGUCAGGUCUCAAUUUCAGCACAUCUACGGAGUGUGAUCUCCGCACAACCUUAUUACAGCAGUGGCUAGCAGGUGAAAUUGGUAGUGUGGAAGACCAGAAGGAGUCGAGUAGCGUUUGCCGGGUGAUAAUAGCUGGUGAUUCCGUGGAAGAAGUUGUCUCUGAGACGAAUAACGACUUCAAGAGCUCCAACAACUUUGGAUCUAAGAACACCUCCAAUUUUCUGGCCGAAUCUCUUCAGUUACUUGGUUCUUGGCUUUCCGAGGUAGUAUCGACCGUUCCCGUGACGGUAAUGGCUGGUGAUUCGGAUCCAGCAGAAGUGUGCUUGCCUCAGCAACCAUUGCACAAAUCGCUUUUGGGAAGAAACGCGAGACUCGCCGGAAAUGACAACCUGCCUAUCCAUACGACCACCAACCCUGCGUGGAUGGAGUUGGAGAACGGUCUACGCAUUUUGGGUACGUCCGGGCAGAAUAUCAGCGAUAUACUCAAGUAUCUGACCAGCAGCCACCUGAAGGAAGAUAUUUUGAACACCAUGGAACGUACUAUCAGGUGGCAGAAUAUCGUUCCUACGGCACCGGAUACUCUUUACUGCUACCCGUUUGAUGAUAAGGAUCCGUUUACCUUGGAUGAGACUCCACAUUUGUAUUUUGUCGGUAACCAGACCCAUGGAGGAUUUAAAAAGGUUAAGGUGAAAGAUACAGAGGUGACAAUGGUAAGCAUUCCUAAGUUCAGUGAGUCUGGGGAAAUUGUUUUGGUGGAGUGCAGCACAUUGGAAACUAAGACAGUGAGGUUUGCGGUAUAG